UGUAAAACAGUUGAAAGAAAAAAACGUUGUGAAUGUCCACCCUUAUUCAUUAACUGAUUUUUGUAACAAAGGUGAAGGGACACAAAUAUAAAAGAAGGCUUUUUUUUUGAUGAUGGAGACAAAAAAAGUUGAUUCAACACAAGAAGAUGAAAAACCUGUGAAUACUUUGCUUGUUGAGGACACACUUACUGAUACAAUAGUGAACGAUGUCACUGUAUCAGAAAACGAUACACUUGUUUCUUUUCCUCUUUUAGAAUUCGUUCAUGAAGCUCGCAUGAAACAUGGAUUAAGACGUCAUGAUGUUCUAUCUUAUAAGCAGUAUUGUUGUAAGCGAUUAUACCGCUACCGUAAACAGUUACACUUAACAAAUGGUAACGGUCGUUUUGUUCGACGAAAUUUCGUUACCGAAAAACCGACUGUACGAUAUCUUCAACUUCUUACAAUGGAAGUGGAACGUUGUUGGUUUUAUGGUACCUAUUUGAAAGAGCAAAUGGAUAAUAAUACAACGCGUUCUUUUAAGCGGAAACGUUUAAGGCAUCAUAUUCACCGCCGUUUUAGAAAAGCUGUAUUGUAUUCAAACAAGCUUUCCAAAUUGAUCAUAAAGUACGGAGAUAAGGAAACGGUUUUACAAGUUAAGUCAUAUGAAGCCUGCUAUCAAGGACUUUAUUUAUUUGAAUUACGGCGUUGGGAAUCCGCCGCAAAACAAUUGUUAAUGGCUCAAAAUUAUACGAUAUCGUUACAACGUUUAACAUCAACCUUCAAUUCUUAUCAAGAUGCUCUUACCUUGCAAAUGUCUAAAAUAAAAAGUGCACUUCGUACGACAAAUGUGUUUUUAAAUCGUCAAGGAAUUCGUCUUGAAGGGUUACUACCAGAACCGGGUAUGACUCAAAAUUUUUGUACGGAUCAAGAUAUGCAUCAAGAUAUUUAUUGGAGAGGAAUUUCAAUAAGUAUAUCCCAAAGCCUUCUUCACUUUUCGAAAAUGCAAACCGUUGAAGAUUUUAUUCAAAACACAUUGGAUCCAGCUCUACGUAUUGUACGAUCCAAUGAAAAAGUGCUUGAUAUGCAGCUUUUCUCAUCUAUUCUCCAAGUAUUUCAAUCAUUCGAACUAUGUAUAGAAGAUAGUUCUUCUAAAAUUCGACAAUAUUUACUCGACACAAAUUUCACUGCUAACCAUACGCAAUUGUUCGUUUUGGAGAGCGUUUUUCGAGAUUUGUCUAAAAUUGCAGCUAUUGAAGGGCAGUGUACUCUUUUGUAUGUCAUUUUGAAAUCUUAUAGUCAGGAAAAUACGAUCCAUUUUGUACAAGCGUUUGAAAACCCACUUAAUGCGUUCUAUUCACCGCAUUUAUUAGUGACAAUAACAAAUAUUAUUUUACAAAUUAUUCAAGCUUUGACUAAUGAAAUAUCAAGCAGUUGCUUUCCUGACGCCUUACAAAAUUUAAAUGAAACACACGCCAUUUUACUUCGUCAUUUUGUAUUAUGGACCAGAACGAUUCGGGAUAUUCGAGGCAUGGGUAUUUGCUUAACGUUAAAUACAUCAGUGACCGAAAGAGAAGAAGCUUAUGUACUUCUUGCUCGAAUUAUGGAAAGAAAAAGUGAAUUUCGUAUAAACGAAAAAGACCUAAUGCUUCCACUAACACACUUUUGGGAGAAUUCCCCGUUUGUCCGAAUCUCGAAUCUGAUUUUAUCUCUUGACUCUUUUUUGGAUACUUUGUUAUCGAGCGCUUGUCUUUUAAAUACUUCAAGUCUUAUUAUGAGUCAACAUAUAUCUAAAGCGGCUGAAUCCUCUGAUACGCAACAAAGUUUACAUCAUUUAAGUAAAAUGUUACCAAACUUCUUAACGAUGCCUUCCUUAAAGCCGAUUCCUUUCACACCUAUUACUUUUGAUUUAGCUUCUUGUUAUUUCGAAGAAUUCCACGAACUAGAAAAAGAAGACUUUAAAUGUUUUUCUACCAUUGAUAAACACAAAGAGCCUACAACAAGUUUUGUUGGAAGAUUAGCUGCAUGGUGGAAAAAAUAAUCUCUAAAAAAAAAACAUUAUUUUUAUCAGAGUACAACCAAGAUAUUAACAUAUUUUAUUGCAUUCAGUUUUUUUAAGAAAAAUUCUUAUUGUUUUCUUUUCU